AUGGCGGACAACAACAAGACGACGAAGAACAGCCAAGACGACGAUGGCGAGCGUGGGCGAUGUGAUAAGCUCGCUCGCAAGCUGGUCAAGGCACUAGUUGAGGUGAAGGGCGUGGAGGGAGCGGAGCAGCGGUUGAGUGAGUUGUUGGCACAAGUUCGAGCCGAGAAGAAGAGUAAACGCAAGCAAUCCAAAGAAGAAGAACAGAGCGACCGCAGGAAGGAAAAGAGCAAGAAGAAGAAGAAGGAGAAAAGCAAGAAGCGCGAGGAAGAGGAUGCUGGAACGAAGGCCAAGGAAGAGGACAAGCCACAGCCUGACAGUGACAGUGCAAUGAGCGAGAAGGCAAACAGCAAGAAGAAAUCGAAGAAGGAGGACAAGAAGAAACGCGCGAACUCAUCAAAGGAGGAGAAGACAGCGGAUGACGGUAGUGCAUCUGAAGAGAACACACGAAAGAAGGCCAAGCAAGCACCUGCUGCAUCCGGCAACGAUGACGCUGGGUACUGGCAGCAAGCCAACCUUGGAUCGGAUGCCCGCAAGUCCAAAUUCCUGCGGCUCAUGGGUGCAGGCAAGAAAAAGGACGCCGCAGCCGCCUCCACCAGGAACGUCGACGUCAACAAAGGAUCGGCGAUUAACCAGCAGCUGGAGCAGCAGUUUGAGCGUGCGCGGCAGAUGCAGCACAGGCGUGGCGGUGGCCGCACUGGUUUCUCCUCGUAA